GUGCAUACACAUUCAGGAUUGUUAUGUCUUCUUGGAGAACUGACCCUUUUAUUAUCAGGUUUUGAAUAUAUGCAUCAAGCAAAGUGGCUCAUCUGGACUACAAAAGGGUGGGACUGAGGUAAGGAAGUGGAAGAUUAAACGAUUUGCCCAAAGUCUCACGGUAAUUUGUAGAGCUGAGAUUGAAAUUCAGGUGAAACUUCACAUAUCACAUUCUUUUUAUCAGAUGGCAGUUUCUGGAUUUACUCUUGGUACCUGCAUACUUCUGUUGCACAUUAGUUAUGUGGCUAAUUAUCCCAAUGGAAAAGUAACACAGUCAUGCCAUGGAAUGAUUCCUGAACAUGGUCAUAGUCCACAGUCUGUUCCUGUUCAUGACAUUUCCGUGAGUCAGAUGACAUUCAGACCAGGAGAUCAGAUUGAAGUUACUUUGUCAGGGCAUCCAUUUAAAGGCUUUCUCCUAGAAGCGCGUAAUGCUGAGGAUCUGAAUGGCCCUCCUGUUGGCUCCUUCACGUUGAUUGACAGUGAAGUGUCACAACUUUUGACUUGUGAAGAUAUACAGGGAUCAGCUGUGAGUCACAGAAGUGCAUCUAAAAAAACAGAAGUUAAAGUCUACUGGAAUGCUCCAAGCGGUGCUCCAAAUCACACACAGUUUCUAGUCACAGUUGUUGAGAAGUACAAAGUCUACUGGGUGAAGAUUCCUGGUCCUAUAAUUUCACAACCAAACGCAUUUCCUUUCACAACACCUAAAGCUACAAUAGUACCUUUGCCAACAUUACCUCCAGCUUCCCACUUAACCAAACCAUUCAGUGCCUCAGAUUGUGGGAACAAGAAGUUCUGUAUUAGGAGUCCUUUGAACUGUGACCCAGAGAAGGAGGCUUCCUGUGUCUUCUUAUCCUUCACAAGAGAUGACCAAUCGGUGAUGGUUGAAAUGAGUGGCCCCAGUAAAGGCUAUUUAUCCUUUGCAUUGUCUCAUGACCAAUGGAUGGGUGAUGAUGAUGCUUAUCUGUGUAUUCAAGAAGAUCAGACUGUGUACAUCCAGCCUUCCCAUUUAAUGGGGCGAAGUCACCCUGUAAUGGACUCCAGGGAUACCCUUGAGGAUAUGGCUUGGAGGUUGGCGGAUGGUGUUAUGCAGUGUUCUUUCAGAAGAAACAUUACCCUUCCUGGAGUUAAGAAUAGAUUUGAUCUAAACACAAGCUAUUACAUAUUUCUAGCAGAUGGUGCAGCUAAUGAUGGUCGAAUUUACAAGCACUCUCAGCAGCCUUUGAUUACCUAUGAAAAAUAUGAUGUGACAGACUCUCCAAAGAACAUAGGAGGAUCCCAUUCUGUACUCCUUCUGAAGGUUCAUGGUGCCUUAAUGUUUGUGGCAUGGAUGACUACUGUUAGCAUAGGUGUACUGGUUGCCCGGUUCUUCAAACCAGUUUGGUCAAAAGCUUUCUUCCUUGGUAAAGCAGCUUGGUUUCAGGUGCAUCGAAUGCUCAUGUUCACCACAACUGCCCUCACCUGCAUUGCUUUUGUUAUGCCAUUUAUAUACAGGGGAGGCUGGAGUAGGCAUGCAGGUUACCACCCAUACCUCGGCUGUAUAGUGAUGACUUUAGCAGUUCUUCAGCCUCUUCUGGCAGUCUUCAGGCCACCUUUACAUGACCCAAGAAGGCAAAUGUUUAACUGGACUCACUGGAGUAUGGGAACAGCUGCUAGAAUAAUAGGAGUGGCAGCGAUGUUCCUGGGAAUGGAUUUACCAGGACUGAAUCUUCCUGAUUCACGGAAAACCUAUGCAAUGAUUGGAUUUGUAGCCUGGCAUGUAGGGACUGAGAUUGUUCUGGAGGUACAUGCUUAUCGGCUCUCUCGCAAAGUUGAAAUACUGGACGAUGACAGAAUUCAGAUCCUUCAGUCAUUUACUGCAGCGGAAACAGAGGGUCAUGCUUUUAAAAAGGCAGUGUUGGCAAUUUAUGUCUGUGGAAAUGUUACUUUUCUCAUCGUAUUUUUAUCUGCAAUCAGCCAUCUAUGAGCAAGCAAAGACCUUGGCUUUUGCAGGCCAAGUGAUAAUUUUCAUCAAACCAAAGAAAGCUGAAGCCUGUCCUGACUGCCUGGAGCAUAUUUGUGAAUUCUCACUUGGAAGACUGAGGUCAUGUCUGUAGAGGAAUUCUGAAGUCCAGCCUUUAGAGACCAACAUUCAAGAGGGUCAUAUAGACUACAAAUUAAUGUCAUGCCCUAUAUGUAAUUCUGGGUCUUAAAGGAAAGAUUGUACUUCAGGAGAAGUAACUCUCAAAUAUUUCUUGCCAAGAUUUAAAGAAUGUUGGUAUUUAAGGAAAUAAAUAGUGAUUUGGAAAAACAACAGAUGUCACUAGGAUAAAAAAGAGAUAUAUUACGGUAAAUAUAUUUUGAACUACAAAGGUGCUGUGGUACUUUAAAGAAAAACUAUUUUUACUAGUUUAUCUGAAUUGUCUGUGGACUUUAUUUAGAAACUGUUUUUCAGUUUAGUUUUUUGGACAUAUCCUUUGCUCAGGGUAUUUCCUUACUUCUCUAGUAAAGGUGGAAAUAAGGCAGAUGCCAUUGUAGGUUUUACCAGUAUUUAAAUAUAUUAUGAAUUUCUUAGCAAUUAAAUGCAAGUAUGCAUCUUUUACUUAAAGGCCCUAUUUAUGUAUUCACCUACAGAGAUGAAAUAGCAUUUUAUGUGUUAAUUGUUUUGGCUAUAGAAUUUAAGUCCUUGUAGCAUUUCGGGAUUAUAGACUUGGAUUUCAAAAUGGAUAAAACUCACCCUUGUGAACAUAUCUAAUAGAUAUUCUGUUUACUUGUAGAAAUAAUAUAAUGUGUCUCUGUUUUGUUAGACAUUUUUGAUGCUCUACUGAAUCAGAAUAGGUCAGUGUUAUCUUCCUUAUUUCAAGAAUUCAUCUAUUUUAUGGCUACAUCUCAUAUGUGCUAUGAGGACUUCUAGCCAGUGGGUGGCGCUAUAAUACCGAAGUACUGUACUGCUUUGUCCGUUUUUCCUUGUGCUGAUUCCUUUUCAGUAUUUAGGUAACACUAUGGGAUGGCAUUUCCCUUAAAUUUCACCAGCUCUUCUUAGUCUACUUUUUUUGGGGUGGUUGGGGUAAUGGGUUAAAACGUUAAAUUAGUAACCACUGUUUAUUUUCCAGUUUGUUAGUUUUCUGUGAUUAUUUAUAACAAUUGUUUGAUACUUUUUUAUAGUCCCCUGACCCUGUAAUGAAUGAAUGCAGCUAUCUUAGGCAAAACAAAUAAAUGACCUGGGCAUUUUUAAAAUAAAAAAUUUAGGAAGUCAUACUUUAUUUCUUUAGGUAUUCUUUCUGAUUAUGUUAUAGUUACUGCUUGGUCCAAGAACCUAAUUUCUAUAUGGUGUGAAUAAUAGCCUCAGCUGUGUAGCCUACAUCUUUAUUUUAUUAUUAUUUUUCAAACAUUUUUCAUUAUUUCUUAUUUUUUAUAUCUUUAUUUUUUGAAUUUACUUAACCAACUUUCUACUAAUAGCCUACAUCUUUUACUGGGUAAAAUAAUGUGGAAGUUUAGUUUUUGUUUCUUUUAUAGGUGUUUAUCAUAAGUGGCUCAGGGCUUAGAUGUGAACUUUCUGUGUUCAUGUCCUAUAUGUGCUAUGCUACUUAUAAUCUAAGUUUUCCUUUUGAAUGUCUUUAUUAAAAAAAUUUAGUAUAGCAAAUUAAAUGUGUACUAAAGUUAUUUUCCUCCAGUUUUCUAUACUAACGAGCUUAAAUGUUAAUAA